UGUAGCCCAUGAGUGUGGAAGCCAGGUUAUGCGAGACACGCAAAGCGAGAGAGAGAGAGAGAGAGUGUGAACUGGGGUCUGAGCACAGGCCUUCCAGGAUCAGCAAGCAAGAAGCUGGAACGGGUUUGUUUACUGCAACAAAUCCGAUACAAUGUUGCGACCAGGCUUCGGCUCGGUUGCGGAUCUGCACCUUAAUUGCUUUUAAAAUGCACCCUCUCUCUUGUCAUGUUCACCCGCUUGGGGCCUGGCCAUUUACAUCUUCAGAUGGUGAUGCUACCACCAGAAGCCAAAGUGAUAUGAAGUGAGGUGGGGGGAAAAGGACAAGAUUAUCUAUUGCUUUCUACUGUGGCCGUGAAUGGUGAUUAUCUGUUGGACUGCUAAUUCAAGAUGCUGAGAGUCACUGAUGGGGACAACCAACUUGACAGGAAUCCGUCAAGGUCCUUGGAGACCCUUCAUCAUCACCAGCAGUGGCACCUCCAGUGGAAACAAAGUUGAAAGUGAAAAUUCAAUGAUAUUAAUUGGUUUGGUAGUCUUCAGAGAGGAAAAAAACAUUUUGAGAAAGGACGAAGAAAGAAAAUGAAAUUUCCAUUUUAUUGGUAAAUUGCAAAUAGCUCAAGAAAAUAUUGAAGGGAAGUAUGCGAUGGCCCUUUGGACAAUGAGUGCAAUGUUUCCCUAUCAUGGCUUCUGAUCAAACGUGAUUGAGAGAGGGUUUCAUCUCCCCUCUCCCUUUUUUAAUUUAAAAACAUUUUCCCCCUACCUCUUGCCAGUUUAUAACAUGCUACGGAACGGAGGUGUUGGGAAUGUUGGGCAACCGUGCAUGCUACGAUGGUCCAAUCGCAUCCGGUUAACCUGGCUCAGCUUCACCCUGUUCAUCAUACUGGUCUUCUUCCCUCUGAUUGCCCAUUACUACCUGACCACCAUCGACAACCUUGAUGACUCUGGCCCGCGCAUCUUUGAGCCGCGCUCCGGCAAUGCCCUAUGCGAGGUCAAACAUGUACAGGACCUGUGCCGGAUUCGGGAAUCGGUCAGCGAGGAGCUGCUUCAGCUUGAGGCCAAACGGCAGGAGCUCAACAGUGAAAUCGCCAAACUUAACCUGAAGAUUGAGUUGUGCAAGAAAAGCAUUGAGAAUGCCAAGCAGGACCUGCUUCAGCUCAAGAAUGUCAUCAGCCAAACCGAGCACUCAUACAAAGAGCUGGUGGCGCAGAACCAGCCCAAGCUCUCGUUGCCAAUCCGCCUCUUGCCAGAGAAAGAUGAGACCAACUUCCCAUUGCCAAAGUCCCCCAAUAGCUGUCGCUUGUAUUCUUGUUUUGAUUACUCUCGGUGCCCACUGACGUCUGGAUUUCCAGUUUAUAUCUACCCACUGGAUCUGUAUCAAUUCAGCAGUUUUAUCGAUCCAUUAAUUAAACAGGCAUUCCAAGCGACUGCUCGGACUAACGUCUAUGUUACAAACAAUCCCCAUGUUGCCUGUGUCUAUGUUGUCUUGGUCGGGGAAGUACAAGAUUCAUCGGAACUGAAAUCCAUUGAAAUUGAAAAGCAGUUGCACUCCCUCCCUUACUGGCGAUCUGAUGGACAUAAUCAUCUUCUCAUUAAUCUAUCCAGGAGGUCCCAGACUCAGAAUCUGCUGUAUAACAUCAGCACAGGCAGGGCUAUGGUUGCCCAGUCUACUUUCUAUGAUGUUCAGUAUCGGCCUGGCUUUGAUAUCAUCCCAUCACCCCUUAUCCAUGCCAUGUCCGAGCCCAACUUUUUGGAGAUUCCGCCCCAAGUCCCCGUCAAAAGGAAGUAUCUCUUCAGCUUCCAAGGAGAGAAGCUAGAAUCGCUCAUGUCCAGUUUACAGGAGGCUCGUUCAUUUGAGGAGGAGAUCGAGGGCAAUGCUCCAGCAGAUUAUGAUGAUCGGAUUAUCGCCACCUUGAAAGCAGUUCAGGAUAGUAAGUUGGAUUUGGUCCUUGUGGAGUUCACCUGUAAGAACCAGCCUCGACUUGCUUUACCAACUGAGUGGGCGCUUUGUGGUGAGAGGGACGAUAGGCUAGAGUUGUUGAAAUUGUCCUCCUUUGUAUUAAUCAUAACUCCGGGAAACGCCCACCUUGUUGCCUCUGCUGGUUGUUCUAUGAGGCUUUUUGAAGCUUUGGAGGUUGGAGCCAUUCCAGUAAUCCUUGGGGAACACGUGCAGUUACCCUACCAUGACAUGAUACACUGGAGUGAAGCGGCUCUGGUGGUGCCGAAACCACGCAUUACUGAACUGCAUUUCCUCUUGAGAAGCAUCUCAGACAGCGAUCUGCUUAACAUGAGACGUCAGGGCCGCUUCCUGUGGGAGACUUAUUUUUCCACUUCAGACAAUGUACUGAGCACCAUCCUGUCCACUGUGCGGACACGGAUACAAAUCCCUGCAGCUCCCAUUGCAGAAGAGCCAUCUAAAGAGAUCCCUCAUAAGACUGGAAAGGCUGCUGGUACUGAUCCCAACAUGGCCGACACAGGUGACCUGGACUUGGGGCCCGUCGAGACUGAGCCACCUUAUGCCUCUCCUAAAUACUUGCGGAACUUCACAGUCACGGUCCGGGACACUUACCGAGCCUGGAAUGCUGCACCAGGACCUUUCCACCUCUUUCCGCACACGCCACUUGACCCCACCUUGCCCUCUGAGGCCAAGUUCCUGGGAUCUGGAACCGGAUUCCGACCGAUAGGUGGCGGAGCUGGAGGUUCUGGGAAGGAGUUCCAGGCUGCUCUAGGCGGGAAUGUUCCCAGGGAACAAUUUACAGUCGUAAUGUUGACCUACGAGCGUGAGGAAGUCCUGAUGAACUCUUUAGAGAGGCUAAAUGGUCUUCCUUACUUGAAUAAAGUCAUUGUCGUAUGGAACUCUCCCAAGCCACCAUCUGAGGACCUUGUGUGGCCUGAGAUCGGAGUGCCUAUUGUGGUUGUUCACACUGAUAAGAAUAGUUUAAAUAAUCGUUUCCUACCUUGGGAUACUAUUGAAACUGAGGCAAUUCUUUCUAUUGAUGACGACGCCCAUCUUCGUCAUGACGAGAUCAUGUUUGGCUUUCGGGUUUGGCGAGAGGCAAGAGAUCGAAUCGUGGGUUUUCCUGGCAGGUAUCAUGCCUGGGAUAUGACCCACCAAUCCUGGCUGUACAAUUCCAACUACUCCUGUGAACUCUCCAUGGUACUGACGGGUGCUGCCUUCUUUCACAAGUACUAUGCGUACUUAUACUCCUAUGUCAUGCCACAGGCCAUCCGAGACAUGGUGGACGAGUACAUUAAUUGCGAGGAUAUUGCCAUGAACUUCCUCGUCUCCCAUAUUACCCGGAAGCCACCAAUAAAGGUCACAUCACGUUGGACUUUCCGUUGCCCAGGUUGUCCCCAGGUGUUAUCGCAUGAUGACUCCCACUUCCACGAGAGGCAUAAGUGCAUCAACUUCUUUGUGAAAGUAUAUGGGUACAUGCCGCUGCUCUACACCCAAUUCCGUGUGGACUCUGUAUUGUUCAAAACACGCCUACCACAUGACAAGACCAAGUGUUUUAAAUUUAUCUGA